AUGUUGGAGGAGGCCGUCAUCCUUGCCGCCGUCACCGUGCUUGGCGUCCUGGAGCAAGCGUAUUUCUCUCUCCAGGUGAUCUAUGCCAGGAGGAAGUACGCAGUGUCUCCGCCCACCACUGUCGGCCCACCGGAGUUCGAGCGAGUCUUCAGAGCCCAAGCCAACUGUUCCGAGUAUUUCCCGAUCUUCAUCACCGUCCUCUGGACGUCUGGACUCUUCUUCAGCCAAGGUUUGUCUUCAGUCUGUGGUCUGGUGUAUUUGUACGGACGGUUCCGGUACUUUCAUGGAUACUCGGCCUCGGCUCAGGGACGACUCGCUCCUCUCUACCUCAGCGCUCAGGUUCUCUGGGUUCUCAUCGGGUUCUCGUGUCUCGGCGUGUUUCUGACGUUCUGCCGAGUUUACCUGGAGGUCGACCUGCUGUGUGGGCUCUGCUCUGCCCUCGGUCUUGUCUGA